AUGACUAUUGCUGCAUAUGCGUAUGAAACAAAUGAAGCAAGAAGAGCACAUGAACUAGUAAAUGAAAACUCAACUUUAACAGUGGAAGGUAACAAUUUAGUCAUUGACGAUGGAAAAACUAAAAAAGUCAUUGAUUUCGAUACUUUUAACACUUAUGACCCAUUCAUUACAAUAAGUAAAGUUCCUAUCAUAAAUGAUGGAACGGUGCAAUAUAUAAAUUCUACAGUAGAUGCCUCAUUAGUGAAAGUAUUAAAUGUUCUCAUUGAAUUGUUAAAGAGCUUUCGAUUUGACGACAACAUUAAAUGCCUAAAGAAUUUAGUCAUGAAUGAGAAACAAAUUCUCGGCGUUGCUGGUAGCAGUAAUGAUGUACACCUUAUGACAUUAGAAUAUUAUAACGAACAUAAAGAUGAACUGAAAGGAGAGAAGGGUGACACUGGAGCUCAAGGACCACAAGGAAUACAAGGAAUAAAGGACCUCAAGGCGAAAACGGUUUGGAUGGUGAAGAUGGAAAGGAUGGAAAAACUGCUAAAUCAUGGAUAUGGAACCUUAUAA